AAACAUAAAGAGAAAAUAAGGAACUCUUUUGAUUCAACUUAGAAAAACGCUGAGAAAAUCUUCCUUUCCUUUUGACAAAAACGAGAGAGAGCGAUAUCCUCGCAAAGGUGUCCGUCCUCACAAAAUUCAUUCAUUCAGCUGAUUGUGAUUGUAUAAUAAAGCACACGCGCAUAAGAGGAUCGUGGAUUGGUUAGCAUAGUUUUGUUUUUGUUCAGCAAUUGCUUGUUAUCACAGCAAAGUCAUAAAUUUUGCAAGUAUGAUGACAACUUCAUUGGCGAAUUCUGCUGACAAUUCAGCCAUUGGUUCUUCCAAUACCAAUGGCGCCGCACGCCCUCUCCGGUCAGCAUAUGUUCCUCCACAUCUUCGCAAUCGGCCGGCGAAUACCAAUGCCUCGGAGCUCCCAGCGGUGGCAUCAUACCCUUCUUUGGCAGCUAUUGAUCGGGUGAAUUAUGGUGGUCCGGCUGCUGGUCCUCGUGGGGGUAGUUCCUCUAAGCCGGAUCUCCAGCAAGGAUAUGGUUCUAGUGUUCAGACUAGUGGUGGAUGGAAUAGUAGAGGGGUAGGGAGAGACCGCGGGAGGCGUGAGGUGAACCCUUUUGAGAAUGAUGAGGCUGAGGAUCAAUCUCUUACUGAUCAAGAGAACACAGGCAUUAACUUUGAAGCUUAUGAUGAUAUCCCUGUGGAGACUAGUGGGGAGAAUGUGCCUCCGCCUGUGAAUACUUUCGCAGAGAUAGAUUUGGGCGAUGCAUUGAAUCAAAAUAUACAGAGAUGCAAGUAUGUCAAACCAACCCCGGUUCAGAGGUAUGCCAUACCGAUUUCUCUUGCUCGGCGAGAUUUGAUGGCUUGUGCUCAGACAGGGUCUGGAAAGACAGCUGCCUUUUGCUUUCCUAUUAUAAGUGGAAUCAUGAGGGGGCAGCAUGUUCAAAGACCGCGUGUAGCACGGACUGCUUUUCCUCUGGCACUUAUUCUCUCCCCUACCCGGGAGCUUUCAUGUCAGAUACAUGAUGAGGCCAAAAAGUUUUCUUAUCAAACUGGUGUCAAGGUGGUAGUUGCUUAUGGAGGAGCACCAAUCAACCAACAGUUGCGGGAGCUCGAGAGAGGAGUUGAUAUUCUGGUGGCAACUCCAGGACGCCUGGUAGAUUUGCUUGAGAGGGCUAGAGUCUCAUUACAGAUGAUAAGCUAUUUGGCUCUUGAUGAGGCAGAUCGGAUGCUGGACAUGGGUUUUGAGCCUCAAAUAAGAAAGAUAGUUGAGCAAAUGGACAUGCCUCCUCCAGGCUUGAGACAGACACUGCUGUUUAGUGCCACAUUUCCCAAAGAGAUACAGAGACUUGCAUCAGAUUUUCUUUCACAUUAUGUGUUUCUGGCUGUUGGAAGGGUCGGUUCAAGUACUGAUCUAAUUGCUCAAAGAGUAGAAUAUGUACUUGAGUCAGACAAGAGAAGCCACCUCAUGGACCUUCUUCAUGCUCAGAGGGAAAAUGGAAUUGAUGGCAAGCAAGGUCUGACAUUAGUUUUUGUCGAAACAAAGAAAGGGGCUGAUGCAUUGGAACACUGCUUGUGUGUUAAUGGGUUUCCUGCAACUAGCAUUCAUGGUGACAGAUCACAACAAGAAAGAGAACUAGCAUUGAGGUCGUUCAAGAGUGGAAACACACCAAUUCUAGUGGCAACCGAUGUUGCAGCACGUGGUCUUGAUAUUCCACGGGUAGCACAUGUGGUAAAUUUUGAUCUUCCUAAUGAUAUUGAUGAUUAUGUGCACCGGAUAGGAAGAACAGGGCGAGCUGGGAAAAUGGGAUUAGCAACAGCCUUCUUCAAUGACGGUAAUUUGUCCUUGGCUAAACCAUUAGCUGAUCUGAUGCAAGAGGCAAAGCAAGAAGUACCUGCCUGGCUCACACGUUAUGCACAAAGGUCUUCUUACGGUGGUGGCAACAGAAACCGGCGAGCAGGGGGAGCCAACCGUUUUGGCGGCCGCGACUUUAGGAAGGAGGGCUCAUUUAAUAAAGCAACAGAUUACUAUGGUGGAACAGGUGGAUAUGGUGGAGGGUAUGGUCAAGGUGUGACAAGUGCCUGGGAUUAGACUAGCGUCCCUUCACUAUUCAUUCUCAUGUUCAGUGUAUAUAAAUUUCAGAUUGUAAUGAUGAAAAAAAGGUAUCUUCUCAACCAUGGUUUGUCUGAAUCCAUGCAUUCCUUACUAGAGGAAAUCUUAGGAAAGAUUUACAAUUGGCUUGGUUUUGCUGGUUACGCAAUCAAGGUUGGGAAAUGCUGCGUUUGGAAGAUAAAAUCUGUAAGCAACCCGAAAAUUUCUGUCUAGAUUACUUGUAUUAGUGGAGAGGGUGUGAACAGAUUCAAUGGAGAACUAAGGCCAGUUAUUACUCAGUUUAAAUACCGAGUUGUAUUCAAUGUUUUGAAUUUUGAUAGGGUCCUUAGCUUUUGACAGUCUAAGGAGUUAUCUCUAAUUAGCAUGCACAUAUUAUUGAUUUGAUUAUUCUAUCAACUGAUCUGCUCUGAGCUUAAUUACCUAAUCUUGUCCUUUACUAGAAGGAUCCAUAAAAAGCAAUUUCCCCUCUUUUUGAGUGGUUGUAACU